CUUUUAAAACAAGGGCACACAGAAAAUCUUGGUGACAGUCAAAACACAAACACAGAGAAGUAAACGAAAGAAGUAAGAAGAAGAAGAUAACAAUGGCGGAUUGGGGGCCGGUAGUGAUAGCAGUGGUGCUGUUCGUGCUGCUAAGUCCAGGGCUGUUGUUCCAGCUCCCUGGGAGGGGAAGAGUGGUGGAGUUCGGGAGCAUGCAUACCAGUGGGAUUUCCAUCCUCGUCCACACCAUCAUCUUCUUUGGCCUCCUCACCAUCUUCCUCAUCGCUAUUGGCGUUCACAUCUACACUGGAUGAGACCAUAUGCCUAUUUAGCUACCGAUUUGGUUUUAAGAUUUGCUUUCCCAUUUUCAUUUUUUUAAUGUUUGUUUGACAGGAUUUUACUACUGCUUUGACUUGUUCAGAUUGUUUUGUUUGUUUUCAACACUCUGGAAUUCUAGUUUUUCAGAAGAUGAAGCAAUGAAACAAAUAAUGUUUAAUCAAUGGGAUCAUAUUUUAUGUUUAUCAAAAUAGAAAUUGUGUUUUAUAAUUUAUUGCUAGUUCGAAAA